AUGAAGGUUUUCCGUGGCCAGAAGAAGUAUGAAGAUAACAAAUCAACCCCUUUCUGUUUAGAUGUACGGGCAGCCCUAGAUAAACAUGGUUGCCUGCAGGAAUGGCUGUACUGGAAAGAAAAUUGUUACCGAGCUUUUCUGUAUCGUCGUAAUUUUGAUAAGAGUGAAGAAGAGUGUGUCUAUUAUGGCGGCCAUCUUACCAGUAUGAAGGGGUCAGAAGAACACAAAUUCUUGAAAGCUCGCGUCAUUAAUGGGAUUCAAGACAAUAACUUCUGGAUCGGUCUGGUGAAAGAACAAAACCACAGUUUAGUGUGGACGGAUGGAACGCCAUUUUUAUGGCAGGUGCCCGACGAGAAGUUAUUUUUCUCCCGAUGUGUUCUUCUGUCAAAUGGCUAUUGGCUGCCUGCUGGUUGUCUUUUAAAACACUACUUCAUCUGUAAGAUCCCGCCAGCAAACACGCCUACUACCACCCCUACAACUACACAAACUACUACGCCGACAACCACGCCUUCUACCACACCUACAACUACGCCUACAACCACACCGACUACUACACCAACAACCACGCCUACAACUACACCAACAACAACACCAACUACCACGCCCACAACUAGCACACCUACAACUACGCCUACAACCACACCUACUACUACACCAACAACCACGCCUACUUCUACGCCAACAACAACACCAACUACCACGCCUACAACUACGCCCACAACUAAACCAACUACCACACCCACUACCACUAAGAGUUUACCGGUGUCAACUACUUCCAAAAGUUACGAUUUCCUGAUCGUCACCCCACCUAAAAACCGUGAUAAGACAAUCGUUGAUAACCGCCCUAGCGCUGUAGGUAUUGGACUGUUAGGAGUAGGGUUUUUACUCGCCAUUCUCUUACUGGCAGUCAUUUCAGACAUCCCCACGUUCUACAGGCAUCUUAAAUGGAUGGUAGAAAACAUCAGCAGUCGUUGGGAUUCGGACGACUCCACUAAAGAAUCCCAAGAACUCACGUCAAUGUGGGUGACACGCAAAAUCAGACAUGUCGAGUAA